CGGAAAAAGGUUUUCUGUGCCCAUGUGCACGGGUGAAUUUUAACCCGACCAUUGAUCCGAUCAAGAUAUUCUGCCCAUGUAACCGCGGCUAGUGACUUUGGUGUGGAAACUCCCUGAUGACACUUAUUGAUGUGAUAGCGGGACGAUCAUAAACACCGUCAGCACUCCAAGAAUGAGAACUGCCUGUGCUUCCCUCAAACGCCCCGUUUGGGACAGCAUGUCCUCUGUCAGGAUCUGUCCUGGUCUUAUCCAGGGUUUCCUCUGAUGGUCGUCCCGGUUUGGCAGGACGUGGCGGCGCAAAGCAGCCAGCCAGCGUUCACAGCAGCCAUGUUUGGUUCCGAUGCGCCCGCCGCUCCAGCCGAGCCCAUGUCUGAUGGAGGGCUGCAGUGUUCUGGCUGGAAGGCCUCCGCAGCCGGCGCAGCAUCACAGGCAGCUGGGCCGCUGUGGUCAUCAACUGACUACAACCAGCAGGACUCAACAGCUCCGACUUUGGGGUACCAGGCUGCCCCCGCCCUCACCGCCGAUGUGUACAUGCAGACUCUGUGUCCCAGUUACACCAUGCUGACCUACACCCACACUCCACUGCUCACCAACUUUGGGACCAUACCAGUGGCCCCAGCCCAAACCUCUGUCCCUCAGAUGGAGCUGUCAGACUCAGGGUUGACCUACCUUCCCUGGGCCCAGCCCCUCACCACAUUAUCCUCCAUGUCCAACCCCGGGGUCCAGUUUGCCUCCAGCUCUGCGGCUCUGCCUGGGUCUCCUUUAGUUCCGAUGCCCUUAUCUAUGUCUCUGGCGACAAUGAUCCCACAGCUGGGGGCCCAGGGUGGGGACCCGCACUCUCAGAUCCUGGAACUCCCGCUGAACUCGGAUCAUCAGCUUGACCCGGAACAACAGGGCCAGUCUCUUACUGAAAGCCCAGAAGAUGCUCCGGAGUCACCAAACCUGCUGGAUAAACUUCUGGAGGACCACAAGAAGCAAGAAGAACAGGACAAGGACUCUUACAGCAGCUCUCUCUUCAUCGCUAAUGUCUGAAAGGUCUGCUGUUGUUCUGUUUGAUGGAAAGGCCUUCUCCUCAGGGCCAAGGGCCUUGAACAAAAUUCCAAGCAGUUUUUCUAUAAUCAUUACAUUUUGCCUGUUUUACUCUGUAUUUCUGUUAAACCUCUUAGAACCUUACAGUUAUGAUGCAUUGCGUUAGCGGGCAUGGAUAGAACUCAUUCCUCUCAGGAAGCCUGUGGUCACAACUAAUUGGUUUGUAUUGGUGGACGUCAAUAAAUCCUUACUUCCCCAAAAUUGUUCAAAUUGGCAGGACAAACAGGUCUCUUAAUUAUUGGAACAGGCCAUAUCUUGAACAAAAAAUUCAGUUUACAGUGGUAGUAAAUGUGAAAAGCAGCUGAAGCUGAAGAGGCUGAAGAAUGACGAAGCCCUGGAGGGAAUGUAGAAGGCUGGGAUGAUCAAUACCCAUUUACUAGCUACUUUGAUGCUAAACCAAUAGCAGAGAUUGAAGAAUGUGUGAUGUCAUCAGUUGGUUCCUGAACACGUUAAAGUAUAGGAAAGCCAAUUACAAGUUAAAGAGCCUGAUGCCUGUUUGAGAAAGUUUGGAAGCUCAAUUGUUUAAAAAUGACGUCCUUCUUUGAACUAAUAGGAAUGGUAAAGAAAUGUUAAACUCAUGCUCCAUGUUCUUUGUGAAGAGAAGUCACAACAUUGAUCUAGUACUAAGAGAAACA